AUGACGAAGAGCGCCGUCCGGCUGCUUUGCAGCGAGCUUGCCCACUUGCUGGAGCCGCCGACCGCGGGGGGCCUGAGCGUUGAGGACCAAGUCCUCUGUACCCUCAGGUUUUUUGCAACUGGCAGCUUCCAGUCGUCAGUCGGCAGUGAGGCGGCCAUCGACAUGUCCCAGCCGUCAGUGAGCCGCUGCAUUGCAAAAGUCGCGCGGGCCAUUGUUCAGGUUGGGAAGGAGCAAGGAUGGGUGGCCUUCCCACGCACCGCCAGCGAGCGAGCUGUAAUUAAGCAAGGAUUCUUGCAGCGCGGCAGGCUCGGCGGCGUGAUUGGGUGCGUUGAUGGCACGUUCAUCGCCAUCGUCGGCCCGAACCUGCCUCCUGCGCAGAAGGCAACGUAUUGGUGCCGGAAGGGCUAUUACGCCCUGAAUGCAAUGGUGGUAAGUUGUAAACGAAAUUGCAUGUAA